AAAAGUAAUUUGAUUUUAUAAUGAUAAAUAUUUAAAAACGAAUGUGCAUAUGUACUAGCAUCAUUUAAUAAUAAAAUUUCAAUGUCGCAAGCAACAGCAGCUAACGUCAAUCUGGCAACGCCGCCAUCAGAUAGUGCCGACAAUUGUCGCAAGCGCACCUUGUCACGCUCGGAGCCCAAAUCUAUAAUCGAGAUACACAUAUCCAAUGAGAUUAACAGCAGCGCUAACAGCUGUAAACGCCCCAAUUUGGAAUCAGAGCAACAAACAGACAUGGAACAGCAGCAAGAACAGCAAAACAAUGUUAUCGAACUGAGCAUUGAGGAGCAGCAACGCGAUACCGAUAAUCGCACCAGUUGCCAAAUCUUUUUGCAGCAUUUGCCUUGCUUUAAGCUGCAGCAAUUGACUACAUUGACGCCCAUACCCAAAUGCCGGGAAUGCCGGCGUCGUCAUGCGCCGCCCGCAGCAUCAUCAGCAGCAGGCAGUGCCAAUAGCAGCAGCAGCAGCAACAACAGCAACAACAAUGAUAUCUACUGUCGCUUCUAUGAGUUUCGACGCCUGCAAUAUAAUGACGCCGGCGAGUUGAGCGUUGCUGGCUUCCCCAAUCCCUACGAGGAGCCGACGGGUGUUGACUACGCCAUUUGGCAGCCAGAUGCAAAAACCACGCCCACCGCUGGCUUUAUGGAUAUACAAGUGUGCCGUUACAUUUUGUUGCAUGCAGGCGAUCAGUUUUGCUAUUUGUGGCGCCAGGAGGCCGAGGCUUUGAAGCUGCACGAGAAUCCAGACGGAACGAUUGCAUGGAAGAAAGCCGUACAGGGCAUACGUGAAAUCUGCGAUGUCUGCGAUACGACGCUCUUCAACUAUCACUGGACAUGCCGCAAGUGUGGUUUCGGUGUGUGCAUAGAUUGCUUCAAGGAUCGCAAGGAGGGACUGCAAAAGAAGCGGCGGUUGGAAACACAACGCGGUCAUGAUGAAUACCAUUGGCUGCUCUGCACCGAUGACGUGCAACAACAGCACACGUUGCCGGAGCUGAUGUUGACCCAGAUAAUAGCAGGGGAUGCACUCAACGUGCUCGGCCGGCUGUUGCACGAGGUGCGCACAUUGUGGCAGGUGCCGCAGGUGUGCGGCUGUUUACUGAGCAAGCAACAGGUCAAGGACGAGCAGCUGACACAGCUCAUUCAGGACAUGAUCAAGGAGUCACAGCUGAAGCAACAAACCAGCGCCUCCUCGCUGGCCACCGCGCAAAAGGUGCAGCAGCAGCAGCGUCUGGAGCAGCUGCAUGCCAAAAAGCUAGAAUUCGCGCGUCAAAAUGGCAUCGACUAUGUCCCAGGUCGCGUCUGGACAAAGGAGACACUUGGAAAGGAUCCUAUCACAACCGCUUUCGAUAAUUUUAAGCACAUCAACUUUUUGCGCAAAGGUCUCGCGGGUCUUCGGCGCUUUUUGCCGCCACGCGCCAUGACCCUGGCUCAUUCCACGCAACUGGCGCCGGGCGUGCCUCACGAAUGGCUCUGCGAUGGCAAAUUGCUGCGUCUCACUGAUCCCAUGCAUCCCGAUAACCGUGUACUGUACCAGGAGGUAUGGAAAUGUGGACAGCCCGUUAUGAUAUCCGAGGUGGCGCGUUCGCUCAAUCUGGAACUGUGGCAUCCGCAGGCCUUUUGCCGUGAUUUUGGCGACAAGCCCAAUGAUUUGAUUAAUUGCCUUAAUGGCAACUUGGUGCCCAACCAGCCGAUGCGACACUUCUGGGAGGGUUUCCAAUGCAUGCAUAAGCGUCUGCUGGACGUUAAUGGCAAGCCGAUGUUGUUAAAGCUCAAGGAUUGGCCACCCGGUGAUGAUUUCGCUGAGAUUCUGCCCACCCGCUUUGCGGAUCUAAUGCGCGGCUUACCCAUGCCAGAGUAUACGCUGCGCACAGGAAAUCUCAAUAUAGCCAGCUGUUUGCCCAAAAUGUUUGUCCCGCCCGAUUUGGGCCCGAAGAUGUAUAAUGCUUACGGCUCGGCACUGCAUCCGGACAAAGGCACCACCAAUCUGCAUCUGGAUAUUUCGGAUGCGGUCAACAUUAUGGUCUACGUGGGCAUACCCACGGAUGAGGACAGCAAGCCACAGCUGGCGGCCACACAGCGCGCCAUUGCGUUGGGUGGCUGUGAUUAUAUCACGCGUGCCCGCUGCCAGUCGCCGGAUGUGCUGCCUGGUGCAUUGUGGCACAUCUUUCCGGCUCGUGAUGCGGACAAAAUACGCGAUCUGCUCAAUCGUGUCACCUUGGAGAAGGGCUUCAGGCUGGAACCCGAUCAUGAUCCCAUACACGAUCAGAACUGGUAUCUGGAUGAUAAAUUACGUGCGCGUCUGUUCAAGGAAUACGGCGUUGAGGGCUAUCCGAUUGUCCAGUGCCUGGGCGAUGCGGUCUUUAUACCCGCAGGUGCACCGCAUCAAGUGCAGAAUUUGCACAACUGCAUCAAGGUGGCCGAGGAUUUUGUCUCACCGGAAAAUAUCACGCACUGCUAUCAUCUCACACAUGAAUUCAGACGCCUCUCGCACUCGCACACCAAUCACGAAGACAAACUCCAAAUCAAGAAUAUUAUCUACCAUGCUAUUAAGGAUUGCUGCACCAUAUUGACGCGUGCAUUGGAUGAGCGCAUCGAUCUGGAAAUGGCCAAAGCGCAGGCCGGACUCUAGAUGUAAACCUUUAACGUAUUGUACCCUUGUCAAAGCUAAAAAAAAGCUAUGCUACAUAUUUAAGUCUCUUUUAAUUUGUGCACUAGUUAAGUAAAAUAUAUGUAAUACAUCCGAAAAAAAAUGGAGAUGGCAGUAUUUA